UACUGCGCAGGCGCAGCUGGCGCGAGGUGCGUGGCGCGCAGAGAGCGGGAAAUAUGGAGCCUCCGCGGGGCCACUUCCCGGCCCUCAACGCGCAGGAGAAGGCCCAGGUGGGCGCCGGGCGAGAGGGGCCGCGAGGGAGGGGCUUUGGCCAGAGGAGGAAAGGGCGGGAGGGUCUCUUGAAGAGAGGGGCUUUGGCCUGGCAGCUGGGGAAGGAAGGCCCGCCCAGGCCCGCCCUUCUCCUCUUUUUCUGUGGUUGAGAUUUCAGGAGGCGGGACAGGGGAGAAGACCCUCACUCUGCGGUAUAGAGCAUGUGCUUUGCACGCAGAAGGCCCCAUGAGUGGGAUUUCCAGAUAGGGCUGGGAACCGUGGAGAGUUGCUGCCAGUCAGUGUAGACAGUACGGGCUAGAUGGACUCCAAUAAUCUGACUUUGUGUAAGGCAGUUUCCUAUGUCCUUGCUUAAACCAGCUGUUUAUUUAGAACCAUGUGGACUGGAUUCUUCCUCAACCUUGGGUCCCCAGAUGUUGCUGGGCUAUCACUCCCAUCAUUCCUAGCCAGCAUGGCGAGGGGUCAGAUAUGAUGGGAGUUGUAGUUAAAGAACAUUGGGAGACCCAAGGUUGAGAAAGAUCAUGGCUUGGAAGAACAUUCUCACUCGAGUUUGCAUACAAAAAAAGCGCCUGUUUUUAGUCCCCCGGCAUCUUCAGGUGGGAGUCAGAAAGACCUUUGCUUGAAACCCUGGAGAGCCACUGCCAGUGUCGACAAUACUGAGCUAGAUGGAAUCUUACUUUGUAGGGAAGGAAUAUAAACACUUGCUUUGCACACACAAACUCCCAGGUUCAGUUCCCAUCAGCAUCUCCAGGUGGGAGUAAGAAAGACCCCGUCUGAAAUCCUGGAGAGCCACUGGCCCAUAUAUAGGUCCAUAACUUAGCAGUAGAGCAACUGCUUGGCGUGCAGCUGGUCCCAGAUUCCACCUUCAGCAUCUCCAGGUUGAGCUGCCCUUACCUGAGACCCUGGAGAGCCAUAGCCAUUCAGUGUAGAGACACUACUGAGCUGGAUAGAGCAGUUAUCUCACUCACUAUAGGGCAAUUUCCUAUGUACUCCUUUUGGGGAUCUGUUUAAACCAGCCUCCCCCAACUUUGUGCCCUCCAGAUGUUAGGCCUAUAACCCCUAUCAGCCCCAACAUCAUACAGCUGUGUUGGCUGGGGCUGUUGGGAGUUGCACUCCAAAAUACCUGGAGGGCAUUAGAUUGAGGGAGGCCUGUUUAUACUGUUGGGGAUGCGGUUUUAAGUUACACAGAACCCUUCAUUUUGAGUACAUUGUUUUGGUGUGCAUUCUUGUGUUCCUCCUUCCUCCAGCAAGACCGAGUGUUUGGCAACGCAGUUCAUGUAGCUGCUGCCUUCCCAAACAUUGCUUUAAAACAACUUGUGGUGACCACCUUGUAACAUCUUUGUCUUCCAGCUGAAAGAAAAGUUGGCCUUAUUGAAAAGAGAAUACAGCAAAACAUUCCACAGGUUACAGGUAAGUAAACAAUAGUGCCUGCCAAGGACUUAUAAGCAACUGAUUUCUUCAGUUGGGGAAGAUGUUUCAUCACCUGAGGCCCUUUUCUAUGUGCUUCCUCAAGAGAUCCUGAGGGCAGCAACACAAGAGCAGGUCUUUUCUGCAGUGGCCCCUUGCUUGUGGAAUGUGCUCCCUGGGGAGGCUCACCUGACUCCUUACUUACAUAUCUUUAGGUGCCAGGCAAAAAACAUCCCUCUUCUUCCAGGCCUUGGUUAAUUAAGCAAUCUAUGGCCUUUUAAACGGGGGGGGGGGAGGUGUUGUUUUGUUUGUUACUAUAGUGUGUAUUUUUGUGUUUCUAUGUUAUAACCCCUCCCUGUGAUCAUCUCAUGGAGAGCGAUAUAAACAUUUAAUAAAUAAUAAUAAUAACAUUUUUGGCAGAAAAUGGAUGCACAUCUGAUUAAGCACCAGUCUUUCCAUUACCCUUGUUUUGUUUUGUUUUGUUUUGUUUUUGUAGCGUGCUGAAAGAGCUGAAAAGGUGAACAACUAUGUCAAGAAAACGGUUGCAGAGAAAAACCUGUUGCUUAUGCAAGAGGAAGCUGAAGGGGACCUUGCAGGUAAGCCUGGAAAGGCAGAUCCAUGGUUCUUUGGGUGUUUAUCUGCCCUGAUGAAGUCAUUGCUUCAUGGCUCUCACUCUUGUAUUAUAGGCUCACUCUACCUUUCCCAAAAGGCAGAGCACUUUUUGUAAGUAUUGCACCCAAUGCUGUGCUUGGGCAGGCCUCUUGGGCUGAGGACUAAGUGAGACCAUUACAGGGAGAUGCCAUAAAACUUAAAUUAAGUUUUCUUCUGUUGUUUCUGCUCCAAAACUUUGCAUGUUGGGGUCUUGGAUUCUGUUCACUUAGAAUCCUGCACAUUUUCUGUUUGGCUAUGUACAGAUGAGGCCUGGUGUCCCAGUUCAGAACUAGCCCCUUACUCGGGGGGUAUUUGUGAGUGCUUAUUUUCUAAAAUGAGGGGAACUGGGACUAAAGCCAUCUUAAAAAUUGUGCUGGGUGGACUGGAAGCCUUUGCUUUCUACUUGUGAGAUCCAUGGAUAAGCCACAAUGAACUGUGCAGGGGAGAUGUGCUCCAGACAUUUUCAGAGACACUUUUUAUCACACGCUUCUAGGCUGAGAUCAAACAUUUGGAAGAACUGCAGUUCAGUGGCAAAGCAUCUGCUUUGAAUUCACCAGGUUCAUGAUUCAAUCUCCAGGUAGGACUUGGAGAGACUCUCUGCCUGAAACCCUGUAGAUCCAUUGCCAGGAGUGUAGUCAGUAGGCAGAUUGACCAAUGGUCUGAUGCAGUAUAAUCCAGUUUAUAUUAUACAGCUCUGAUAUUAUACAGCUGUUCCUCUAGUUAUACUGCUUUCUAUGUUCCCACAUAUUGCUAAUCUGAAGAAAAUACCAUAUGUAUGUUUAACCAGAAGCGGUAUUUUUGUAUAUAGUCGUACCUCUUCUUACGUAUCCCUCUGGAUACGCAAACUUCGGGUUGCAAAUGUGGCACGUGCACAGAAGGGCGCCUCCAGUUACGGACUUUUCGGGAUAUGGCCGGGCCUCUGGAACGGAUCCCAUCCGUAACCGGAGGUACCACUGUACAAGGACUGUGAGCUCAGUUCUAGCACUCAGAAGAAAUUCCUCAGCACUCAAUUAUUUAAUUCUAAGUGGUUUUUGUACCUGACUCUCUUUGAUGAAUCUCUGGGUUUAAUUUUUUUUUAAAAAAGGAAAGUAGAUUUGUCAAGCCUGAACUCUGCUCUCCACUCUUUAGGAAGUGAAACAGUUUUAUGCUAAACUGCCUUUGUAGUUUUCAACUUUUUUGAUUAAAAUGUGUUUCGUUUUGCUGUGCUGUGUUCUUCCUUGAUGGGAGAGUGCUGUUAUUUUUUCCCUCACAGAUGGUGGCUGUUCAAAGAAGAGCACUGCAAAAGCUGCCUCAGUCACCUUCAAGCCUGAGGCCUUCAACCAAGAAGACAGCUUGCUAGGAAACUUGAGUUCUUCGUGUAGCAACCAGGACCACAAAAGGGUUCUUUUUAGUCCUGUUCUUAAGAAAAACCAGAAUAGUUUGUCAAGAAGUAGAACCAAAGUGCAACAGAGAGCAUCUUUGGCUUUGGAGGAGAAAGAAGAAUCUACAUGGGAUGCACCACUGAGAAAUGUGGUACCCCAGCCAGAGAGCUCCCAGGGCUCCAGGUCACCAGUUUUCAACAGAAGUGACAGUUUAUGGAUGGACCAUAGCAUCCCAGUGGCCUCCUCAGGGAACACAGCUGAAGAAGGAAGAGGCAGCGAUGUUUCUCCUGUGUUGCUGCAUCUGGAUUGUUUACAGGAAACAUCUGGGCAAACCACCUUUCUUCAUGAUCUGUCGCGUGAAAGCCAGGAGUCUUCACCUGAGCAUCUUUGUGAGGAAGGCCUGUUUGAUAGCUCUGGAGGUCCAGUUGUCAAGAAUAUUGUGUCACCUGCAGACAUGCAGAAUGAAUCUCCACAGAUGGAGGAGGAGGCAGACCGGUUUGCAGGCUUAGCUGUGACCAUUGAGGCUCCCUCUCAUACACAUAGAGAUGGAAUGCAGCAAGAAGGCAGCCGAUGCCAGGAACCUCAGAAAUUGGAGCUCAGCGGCGGUGACGCUCCCACCAGCAAGCCCAGUGGAAAGGGUUUAGGGGAUCAGAUUGAAGAAACUGGAUCUCCCCUCCUGGAUAGGGCUCCAGCCACACCUGCUAAGGAUGUGCUGAGCUCUUGCACAGUAGUUGAGGGGCUCCUGUUUCCUGUUGAGUAUUACGUAAGGACAACACGGCGAAUGUCCAGUCAACAGAGGGAGGUGAACUUGGCGGCCGUCAUUCAAACCCAGCUGGGCAAAAGUAGGAAAGGACAGAGAAUUGUGUGCAAGGAGAAGAGCACAGAUCCAGCCUUGUCGUCCUCCCAAGGGCAGACAGAAAGUGGUGAGGAGAGGGAGGCUGUUCCUUUCCCAUUUCCCGAUUCUGGUGCCAGCCCUGGCGCUUCUCCUCUUCAGUCUCUUUCUAAUGAGAGCACAUCUUCCAGUGCGGAUCCAGUACAGAGUGAAGGCCUAGUGCAGCCCAGAAGAAAGAGAAGGCUGAGAGGGAGGUCUAAUCACAAGGCCAUGUCCUGCACAGCGGAGGACCCAGCAGAGAACGUGGAGCUGACAAUUCACAAGGUUGAGAGUUCUCUUGUGCCAAGUGAAGCUCAGGGAAGGAAGGAAAACCACCAUGGAAGAGACAAAGCCACAGUGCUUUACAUUACAGCUGGUGGCAGCGCGGAAUCCAAGCAGAGUGGCAGAAAAUGGCCGGCAGAGUCUGCAGUUUCUGCUUCCACACACCCUGAGACUGAGUUAGAGACUGUCCAUGUCUCACAGGUGGUGAACUCAAAGGCCAGUGUUCCCUCCAGCUUCAUGGGAAGCCUGGAAGAAAAUGACAAGACAUGUUGUCCUGACAGUGGGUCUCCUGAGCAGGCUGGGAAUCGGAACAACGCUGGGGUCAAUCUGGCACAAGUGGAUAGAGACCCCUUGCCUCACUUUGCACCCCAAGUUGCCUCUGUGAAAUGCAAGCGGAGGGGAGCAUCCCGAGGUAUGUGCCCCCUGGACCCAGAGCUCGUUCAGCUUCAUCACCCAGGGGCAGCUUGGGGAGGGGGCUUCUACUUGGUCCCUUUAGAGCAAGGGUCGCCAAUGCAGUAUUUGUGGGCACCACAGUGCACACCAAUUUCUUCAACGGCUCUCAUGAAAGGCCUCAGUAAAUAUCCCCUCGGGAAUAUUUUGCUCAUUUGCUGUGUAAACUGGCUUGGCUUCUUCAGUGGAGACCCCUCCCCAUGAGGCAAGUUGAGGAAGCUCCCUUAGGUGGCGUAUUUUCAUGAGGGUGGGUGGGCUGACCUGCAGGAUCUCCUUCGGAAGUUUUUUGUGACUGGUCCCUUUCCCUUUGAAGUGAGUUGGAGGUGCUGUGCAGCUGGCACACAAGAGGAGCUCCCUGGUUGGUUGAUUGAUUGAUUGAUUGAUUGAUUGUGCCCCAUACUAAUUGGGGAUGGGGAGGGCUUUUGGAUUUCCAGCUUGAUCACUAUAUGCUCAUUUUACAGGCCUCUUGGUGGCCUUUGAUAUUUCCCCAUUUUUGGGGGGCCUUAUUGAGCUGGUGGAUGGGGGCAGAGGACAAGGCUUUUCAAAAUGUACCUGGAAGCACACAGGUCCUUUGCAUCUGUCCAUUUCUUCCAGGAGAAUCCUGAGAUGCAGGGGAGUUCACAGCUUAGAGCAUCUGGGUGAUUCAGCACAGGACAACUGAGAGCAUGUUUCGAACCAACAGGUCUCCUGCUGCUAAUUUGAAGCAGAGUGGCUUUAAAGAUCCCAGGAGCCCUUCUAGAGUAAGAUCCUCAUGACUGCAGUGAAUGACAGGCUAAGCUGUUUCUCUUUUGUGAUUGCAGGUAGAAGGAGGGCCAGCCUGCCUGUGGAAUCUCGGGAUCCUACCUCACUUUACCUCUUUGGGACAGGUUUCCCCAAAUUGUCCCUUCCUUUUCACGGCAAGAGAAGUAAGAUGUCCAGUCUUGAAUGGCUGCCCUGUGGCUUAGAUCUCCAAGAAUUCCACCUACCUGAAGAUGAAUUUGGGCUCCUUAAACUGGAAAAGCUCAAAGCCUGUGCUGUAAAUCCGCCAGAGACUUUUGACACUGGCCAGUCAGCCAAGUGCCUCCAGGACACUAGUGGGGCUGGCGCUGAGCAAGAUUCAGCACUAGAAGAGAAUCCCAUUUCCGUGGAAAAAGAACCACCCUUUCCAGUGGGCUCCCCUCGGAAAGCUCUUCCAUCAACUGAGUUGUUCCUCUCUCUAGCCCUGGAGGGUGUCCCAGAGUCCCAGCUGCCUACUCCAGUUUUCCCCCGUCUGGGGGCAACCCCAGCCUCCCAGGCCUUGCCAGGCACACCUGGCACAUCUGCUUUGCAAGCUCAUGCCAGCCCUGAGCCAGGGGACUCUGCAGGUAUUUCUGCCUUGCCCAGGAGCAGGCAAGAGGAAGAAGAGGGAGGUGGUGAAAGGAUGCCCUCAUGGUCACAAGGCCAAAGGGAAAAGAGCUGGAAGCCUGAUGAGGACGUGGCCAGCUUUGAAGAAAGGCUGCUAUCAGCUGGCGAGUCUGUUGAGUGUUACAAGGAAUCCCCCAAACAGGAAGAAAGAGCAGAGGAGCCUAUGGUUGGUUGGUUUAUUCAUACAAUUUCUGUGCUGCUUUCCAAACAGUGUACAAACAAUAAUCAACAAGAGCAGAGCAUCAUAUUUACAGCACAAGUUAUAUAAUUAAGAGUUUUCAAUAAAACAAAAGAGCAGCUAAAAAUGCAGCUGAACAUUAUUACUCACUCCACCCACAUUUUGCUGUAAUUAUCAAUCAGUGCUCGCACACUCUUGCUGGGUAGUACUAACUGCUCUCUGCUUUCGGUCAUAAUUGUAGAGGUCUCUGGGAUUCCCAAGGAGAAAGCAGAGGCGUUUCUGUCAGAGCUGCAGGCUUGACCUUCCAGGAACUGCAGUUAUAAUCAAAACUCGCUCCCUUGUGUACCUCUUUCUUUCCUUUCUCUUGGCUGCCUCCAGAACUCCAUGAUACUCCCUGUUCUUUGGCCCUGCCUAAGUUUCCCACAGCCUCUCUACGUCUUUGCCUUUCUUUGCUUUUAUGUCUUGCCUGUUUCUCCCUCCAUCCCUCAGUCUCUGCCCAUUCCUCAGGUUCUUGUCGCCUACUGUGCCCCCUUUCUUUGGUCACCACCUGGAGUUCACUUGGGUCCCCUUAGCUACCCAUCCCUCAACAUUCCUGCCUACUCAGCCGGUUUCUGCCAACACUAGUCAUUCACCCCUGUGUGAGAGUCCCCCCACCUUUCCCAGCCAGAUCAACUUUUCUUUCACAGAAGCUGCAUCAAUUGCCAGGGUACUGUGGCUGAAACCUUAUCCCUGAGCAGGUAGAAUGUUUAUGAGCAUUCCAAGACCAUUCCCAGCAAGGGGCAAGUCACUGUUGGUUUUUAGCCUACUAGGUACGGAAUACCCUUGCGUCCAAAAGAAGGCAGCCUAGUUUAAGCUUCUGCCCUUAGGCAGUAUCUUUCAUGCAUAAAUCCUUGGUACAGAUGUAUAGCCUACCUUGAGUGGGAGACUUCUGUUGCUCCACAUGCUGCUGAACUGCAUCUCCCAACAGCCCCUUUAGGCAUGAUGGUAGUUGCAGAUCAACAAAAUUUGGAGCACCAAAGGUUCCCAACCUCGUACAAGGGGUUGGAAUAUUGAGAGUUCAUGUUUCACCUUUACUUCCAGGAAUCUUGAUUUGGGACAACUGUGCUUGAGCCAAGCUUAGGUACCCUUGUCUGUCCAAAAUCACACUUCUGCAGAUAUAAUAAUAAUAAUACAUUUUAUUUAUAUCCCGCCCUCCCUGGCCGGAACCAGGCUCAGGGCAGCUAACAUCAAAAUAUAUGAUACAUUAAAACAUUACACUUACAGUUUUGGCAACUCAGUACACCCCAAUUAAAUAAAACCAAAGAAAUCUAGCCAAACAUCAAGUACCUAUCUGACUAAUUAACAAUUAUUGCAUUGCUUAUCAACCUACUAUUAGCAUUCCAGGUGCCUGGUGCUUAAGAGGCAGGUGGGAACUCUGCUGCCUGGAAGCCAUAUGGUUCUUCAUUUUAUUACCUUGAUGUUUUAUCGCAGAACGAAGUGGCCGUAGAAGACCCAGUGGAGGACAGCCAGAGAAAAGGGAGCUUGCAGAUGACCUCAAAACUAAAGGUUAAAGAAGAAAACCAUGUCACUUUUUAAAAAAGUGCUUUAUUGAUGUAAAAGCAUGUCCGCACUUUUUUUUUAAAAAAAUGCCUUGUUCCGAUUCUACCUACUUCUGGACACAGAUGUGUCCUUUUCCCCCUGGAGGUUGGGCCCUGCAUGGACAAUGUUAUUCAGGCUUGCUAGGACUGAUUCACGCUUUCGUUUAUAUUUCCUUUUAUAUGCUUUUAUUCUGUUUUAUUUGUUUGGGUUUUUCAUUAUAAUGGAGAUUGUAUUUAUAUUGUACAUAGCUUACACUGCUUAGGGGUUAAAAAAAUUAAUCGGCUCAGAAAUGGUUAUGAAUAGGUAACAAAAUAUUGUAGUGGUGCAGAUAGCCACUUGCCUGUGGAGUGAGAGGAGUGGCACAGUGACCCCCACCCUCUUGGGUGCUCUCCUUUCUCUUGCAUCCUCCCAUCACACUCUCCUUUCCUAGGACAGGCUUCCAGGAUAGUGCCAAGAAUGCUGAUUUUUUUUUGCAUGUGUGUGUGCGGAGGACAGAAGUAUUGUGGUUGGGUGCCCAUGUGUGCUCUCCCUCUCAGUCUCAAGAGGUGGGGAGGAAGCGGAAGGGCAGGAUUAGCCGGGUUCAAGUAUGUGCAAGUACUUGACGUCGUCAGGGCGUCUGGCAUGAACAGGGGAAAGGCCUUUAGAAGUGAAGCACUGGGAGACCACAUCUGGUCCAUAUUGGGAGGAAGGCCUGGAUGUGCAGGUGCUUUCCUGGCAAGCUUGAGCCUCGGCCCCUUUAUUGAGCUAGCCACUGGUCUGGUGCCUGCACGUGUCCAGUAAGCUGCUUAUCUGUGUAGGGGAGCACCAACCCACUACUGCUUCUGCUGCUGCUGGAAGCUCUUUGUGGCACAUGAUUUGCGAGCGCUGGCAAUAUUUCCCUCCCACCCACCUUCCCCCUAUUGAUUCUUUCUCUCUUGUUUUGUACAGAGCUGCUCUGGCUCAUGCUCAGUGGACGUGGGCACCGUGUGGUGGGAGGCCGCUGACUUCACAGCACUGUGUGUUGUGACAGCUUGUGAGGCUUCCGUUUCCCUCUGGAGGCAUCUGGAGACCGGCCACUGGGGCUCUGUGCACACCUGGCACUUUACAAAGGUUAGAAAGAAGGGGUCUUUGCUCCUGCUGAAAUAGAAUAUGUGUGGUCUGCCCCAUGAUGGCUAUCAUAGCACCAACAAUUUGCUGCAGUUGCCCUUGAGUAACUUCUGGAAACAAAAACUGGCUCUGGGCUUCUUCCCAUUGGAGCAUCUGGUUGGCCCUUGGGAGAGCAGCAUGCUGGACUAGAUGUGUCCUCUUUGGCCUCUUCCAGCAGCCAGGCUCUUCUUGUCCUGGAAGGGGGAGCAUGGAUGAGGAGGAAGAGAGUUGAUUCCUGUUACUCUGAUUCCCCAGGUUCCGGUCAUUCAGAUUGUCCCUCUUCCAGGUGUCCAGAGCCUUGUGUGUGUUGCAUUGGGAGGACUGGAGAUUUCAGAGAUCAGGUGAGUUGUGCCUGUUUUCAGAGAUCCAAAAUGUGUGUUCCUCCGCAACAUAAUCAUUGUGCACCUUAAGUGUUACUUUAAAAACGCUUUUUGGGCUCUGAGCAGAGGCCGGCUCUACUGCUGUGGCCUUGAGGAAGGAACCUUGACAGUUAAGUCUUUGUGGUUAUUUCUGAAUGCUGCUGCAGAGAAGUGAGACUGACCCUCUUAUAACAUGAUGCUCUGCUCUUUGGGUAUUAAUAACUCAUCAAUUGUACUUCUGUUAGGCCGGCUGAUAUGUCACAAAAUAGUGUGCAGACUCUCAAGCGCACCUCGUUUGUGUCUCUCCCCCUACCCCACUUUGCAUUGCUUGCCAUCUAGCCUGAUGGAGAUCUCCUAGAAGUUAUGUCUACCAACUAGAAUAGCUUUAAAAGAGUAGGAUAAGGCCAUGAAUGGCUACUAGUCAUGAUGGCUAUGUUCUACCUCCACUUUCAGAGGAAGCAUCCUCUGAAUACAAGUUGUUUGGAAUCACAAGCGAGGAGAGGGCUGCAGUUGCACUCAGGUUCCCCUUGUGGACUUCCCAGAAGCAUCUGGUUGGCCUCUAUGAUGCUGGACAAGAUGGGCCUUUGGUAUUUGGUCUGAUUCAGCAGGGCCUUUUUUAUGUUGUUAGUUUUGGAGAACUCAAAAGCUUGCACAGUAUUUUGCGACAUUUCAGCUGGCUUAAUAAAGGUAUUGCUCUAAUGCGGAUUUUGCAAUGCUUCUUACAGACCAGUACAGUUACCUUUUACCUUUUCAGCAAGCGGUGCUACAGGCUACUGUGUUAUCACAGUUAUGCAUAGAAAAAGACACAGGAAACCUCCCAUCAAUGACCUCGUGGCCUUUGGGAGAAGCAGAAAUACAGAAUUUCCUUGCAGUGCUCUCUAAAAGAGCUGAACAUAGCAGACCCUUUUUGUAGUGAACAUAAAUACACCCAAAACUAAAAGUUCACAAUACAUACUGUAAGACAGAGGCAAGGAAUUAUGAGGACUGCCUUGUCAAAUAACCCUGUUUUUCUUGCACGGUAGCACAGAGAUGUUACCAAUACACUAAGGUUCUCAGCAUACCUGCCUGAAGUAAGUGUCGUUGACAUAAGGGAGGGAUUACAACCAUGCUUGGAAUCGGGGCCAAAAGCUACCAUGUCACCUUUUCUUCUAGGUUCUUGUUUUAUUCUUCUGAAGAUGGCUGUGUUAAACAACCCCUCGUCAAAACUGGAAACAUAAAUGCUGUUCUUGGACUAAAGAAUAGGAGGCUGGUCAGUAGUUGUGGGUCACUCCAAGACCAAGAAGUGGAAGUCCUCUCUUUCUCUGAGACAGGAAGGUGAGAGGUGGCGGCAGCAGCAGUGGGAAAGGAAAGUUGGUGUUGGGGGUCCACUGAUCUCCUGGAGCAGCAACGGAGACAAAAGGUGUUUUGCUGUCUUUGAGGCGUCUUCUACUUCUUUCAGCUUGGUUUCAACAUCCCUGGGGGUUUCUUUUGUUUCUAGGAGUAAAGAGAGGCAGGCUUUGAUGCCUCCUGAAGAGACUGUUUUGGCUUUUGCUGAAGUGGAUGGGAUGGAGGAGGCUUUGAUUGCCUUGACUACCACAGAUUGCUUGGUGGUCUGGUAAGCAUCUGUAUAGAGUUUACUUGCACCACUGCCAGAACAAAGUUUUUCUUUAAAUCUAAAAACUUACAAGUGUCCUAAAUUAAUGAGACUCUGAUGUUUGACUUAUAUUUCAUAAGGAAACCAGAAAAAGGUACACUGCAAUUCUAUAAACGUAUAUUCCACCCCCACUCACAUGGGAGGAAAUAUUUGUUUGUGGGGAGAGGAGACUAGUAAAGGACACUUUAAAUAUUUUUAAAUGAUUUUUUAAAAAUUAAGACUUGGUAAUUCAACAGCAUGCGUUUGUCUUAUAUUUUUUAAAUUUUGGGGUGGGGUGGAAACAGUAUUUUUAACAUGCUAAUCUUAGCAAGCCCAGAAAGUCAUGAUUGAUAGUGGAUUUCCUGUGGACAGUCCUGAGACCUGUGGGUAUGGAGUGGUAAAUUACUACUACUAAUAAUAAUACUAACACAGUUGUACCUUGGUUUUUGAACAGCCUAGUUCUCAAAUGUUUGGCUCCCAAACGAUCGAAAUCCAGAAGUGACUGAAACUCUCUUGGGUUUCAGACUGGGGAGUUUCUUCCAGCCCUACCUGGAGGGGCUAGAAACUGAACCCAAGACUUUCUGAAUGCAAAACAGGUGCACUACCACUGAGCUACAGGCCCUUCUUUGUAACUUGUCCCUCUCUCAGAGGCAGGGUUUUGUUUCCCAGGCUGCCUUCAUGGCCAUUUAUCCCGAGGAGGGCCUGUUCAAGUGGUUUGGUGCAAGGAUGCCAAAGAACGAUGCCAAAAACAGCAGAAUGGUCAGUUCUAGUGCUUUAUUAAAGCAAGGUGUAAACUUACAACGCAGCCUGAAGAGACCUGCUGCCUUUACAGACUCAGGGCAGAUGCCGAAACAGCAAGCAGCCAUCAUGACUUGUCUGCAAGGUGCUACUAUGUUAAGCAUUACUUAUACACAAAGCAAGCUACGCAAGCUGGCAUCAGUAGCCCAGUUAACACCCCUGGCUUAGAGGCCCCUUCCCAGCUCGCAUCCAUCUCCUUGGAUAAGGGAGUAGCUGACAGGCAGCUGGCGGGAGAAGUCUCUCCUCUCCUAACUGAAUCAAAACAAAGGCUUCAAAGCAGAUAAACAUACGUGACCUCAUUUUUGCAGCGACUAACAAUUAGUCUUGGGGUUAUCCUGACUAUCAAGAUGGUGUUUACAGGCCUUCCAGAACAUUUUCACUGUUUGAUUCUACACACCACCUCCCCUUUUGCUGCACUCUGUACAGGAGCAGGUGACAUUUGCUUUCUCCUUUUGCAGGAACUUGACAACUGGGCAGCUGCUGAGAAAGGUGCCCCUUGGUUCUUCCUACCCAGGAUCUGUCUGCCACAAAGCCUAUUCUGACUCGGUAUGUCUCUUAAAGCAGGUUCUGCUCUGUGAAAUACACAGUGCUGCAGUUUGGGCUGGGUCAAGGAGCAAGUCAUCUUGGGGAAAAGGGGAUCUGGGAUUCAAGUUGCACCCUUGCACUUACUUCUCCCGUGCCCUCCCCUGGUGUUCUGGUCUUUGUGUUGCACUAGCUCCCUAGCUCUAGACACCACCAAGGUCCAACUUUGACCUUGAAGGCCCUAAAUCCCUUUACUUCUGCAUUCCUAGGAGCUUGCUUUCCCUCCUACAUCCCAUUGCAGUGUAAGGCCAUCAGCAAAGUCUCCAUCAAUGUAGCCUUCUGUUCCCUCGGUUAAAAUGUUUCUGGAUUGGCAUCUAAGAGCCAGACCAAAAUGUUUCGCGAUCUGAGAUUUUAACAGAAGGUCUGCUUUCAGUCAGGUUUGCAGCAAGCUGCGUGCAGCUUUCAGACUGCAGCAUGCCUUGAGUCUUAGAGGUGGGUUAGAAACAGAGUCACAAUCUUGUUAAGGGGGUACCACUUUCCUGAGCCCUGGAUCUCCUCUCAAUUCCACCACCAGUCGCUGCUACUUUUGUUGCUUGCUGAAUUAACAUUUCUACUUGCUUUUCCUUCCUUGUGGAUCAGGGCCUCCUGUUUGUAGUUCUGAGCCACCCGCAUGCCAAGGAGAGCAACUCAUGGGUGAACCCUGCCUUCCAGGUGGUUGUGCUCAACCCCAAGACAGCGAGGAGUGCCAGGCUGAUGUCCUUAUCCCUUCCCCUGGGAAUCACAGGAAGGCAAGUUGUUGUUGUUUGCUGUUGUUGUUUCCACCCAUAAAACCAGCAGUUAGAGCAGAUUGCAGCCAAACUAGGGUAUGGGGAUCUGACUGCCCAUUUAGCUCAUUUCUUCCUACUCUGGCUGACAGCAGCUCCCAGGCUCUCUGGCAGAGGUUUCUCCCAGUCCUGCUACCUCUGAUAAGGUUAACUGGGCGCAGCAAGGACCGGGGAUGUCCUGUAUUCAAGGCACAUGCUUCCCCUCCUCCACUUUCUUUCCAGCCCAGUGGAGCUACAUUCCUGUUGAUGCUUCUGUAGCUCUAGGUCACUGGGAGGGCACUGCCUCCUUCCUGCCAGCCUCCUGUGUAAAUCUGAUUUUAAGCACUGGAGCUUCCUGGACUCUGGUGAAGGGAGCUGCUUCCUCUGCAGCUCUUCAUGUCAGGAGUUCCUAAUGAAGCCUCUGCUGGCGUGUGUCAUGAUGGGUUAUCAUUCAAGUGCAGACCACUUUCUGCCUGCCACCUUCUCUGCCCUUUGAACAUCCUGGACCUCUUCCACAAACAGCUUUUUUUCCUGGUUGAUGAUGAGGAUCAUUAAAACAUGCUGUAACUUCCACUUCUAUUUAAGCAGGCUUUUUAAGGAUCCAGAUUUUAUUGCACUGUUGUGAUUUUAAGAAAACAGCCUUGUAUAAAGUUGUAGAAAAAUGUUAAAUCUGAUUUUAAUCGUGUGAGUCCUCUGUGUUUCUUGUUUUUAUUUUGACUUUAUGCUCUUUCAUUUUAGUUCUAUUUAAAAAAAAUUUAAAUAGUUAUGUUAUGGGGCAGCAUUAAUCUGGAUAUUGUUUUUGGCUCUAGGUACUUGGAGGGUGAAGUGAAGGGUGCUUCUGCAGCAGCUGUGCUAACAUCUGGAACCAUUGCUGUCUGGGAUUUAUUUUGGGGGCAGUGCACGGCUCUGCUGCCCCCUAACUCUGAAGGGAGCUGGUCUCUCGCCAGGUGGUCUGUAACUGACACUUGUCUGCUGGCUGGGCAAAAGGACGGCAGUGUUUACAUUUACAGUUACACAACAGCUUUGAGGGACUCGCUUGGUUAGAUGAGUUAAUUUGGACAAGAUUUCCUGCACUUGAACAUGUAAGGACUAGCGGAUCCAUUUCUCCGAAAAGUUGAAUGCUUUCAGGAAUAACCCAAUUUCAAAAGUGUUAUGAAGUGGCCCUAGGAGAAAGUUAUAUUCUGUUUAUUCUGGCAUUGCCAGUAUAGUUAUGCCUGCUGGGGCCAAUGGUAGUUUUAUCCCAGAAGGCUGGUCUCAGGAAUUGAUAAUGGACACGAUCCACUUUGAACGUUUUCUCUGCAUACCCCUAUGGGCUUCCCUGGGCACAGCAUUGUUCAAAAUCUAUUGUUCUUACUGUUCACCCUCUUGGGCAGGCUUUGAACUGUUAAAAACAUUUUCUGGAGUGUCUUAAAUGUAAUAUUAAAAAUUCUUUUUCAAAAAAUGUAUAAAGUUUUCAAGGUGACGGGUUUGUUUCUAAACACUUAUAAAUUGCCUAAAAUUUUCCAA